AUGCACCACCAUUUGGGCUCGUUUGAGGAAUCACGCGCACCUGUCUCCCUGCAGCUCCGGGAUUGUGGAGGGCUUCGGGAGGUGGAGGUGACCGCCUGCCUGGUGUGGAAGGAUUGGCCUCACCGAGUCCACCCCCACAGCCUCGUGGGGAAAGACUGCACCGACGGCGUCUGCAGGGUGAGGCUCCGGCCUCAUGUCAGCCCCCGGCACAGCUUUAACAAUCUGGGCAUCCAGUGUGUGAGGAAGAAGGAGAUUGAAGCCGCCAUUGAGCGGAAGAUUCAGCUGGGCAUCGACCCCUACAACGCUGGGUCCCUGAAGAACCAUCAAGAGGUGGACAUGAAUGUCGUGAGGAUUUGCUUCCAGGCCUCAUAUAGGGACCAGCAGGGACAGAUGCGCCGGAUGGACCCUGUGCUCUCUGAGCCCGUCUAUGACAAGAAGUCCACAAACACGUCAGAGCUGCGGAUCUGCCGAAUUAACAAGGAGAGCGGGCCGUGCACGGGGGGCGAGGAGCUCUAUCUGCUGUGCGACAAGGUGCAGAAAGAGGAUAUAUCGGUGGUGUUCAGCAGGGCCUCCUGGGAAGGCCGGGCAGACUUCUCCCAGGCCGAUGUGCACCGCCAGAUCGCCAUUGUGUUCAAGACACCGCCCUAUGAGGACCUGGAAAUCGUUGAGCCUGUGACCGUGAACGUCUUCCUGCAGCGGCUCACCGACGGGGUCUGCAGUGAGCCUCUGCCCUUCACGUACCUGCCUCGGGACCAUGACAGCUACGGAGUGGACAAGAAGCGGAAACGGGGGAUGCCGGACGUCCUUGGGGAGCUGAACAGCUCCGACCCCCAUGGCAUCGAGAGCAAACGGCGGAGGAAAAAGCCGGCCUUCCUGGAUCACUUCCUGCCCAACCACGGCUCAGGUUGA